UUGACGUUUCUCACUUCAAUUUCUGUCAUCUUAAAAAAAUAAAUCGCGAAAUGGCUAAUGUUUUGGUGCGAUUUAACGCUUUACCAAAGCAACAAUUAGCUGCUUUGGCACCGUCUGUGACUACGGCAUUGCAAUCUAGCUGCAACUAUUCGACGCCACCAGGCACUCCGCCGCCACAAACAAAGACAAAAUUCGGUGGUUUGGCAGAUCAGGAUCGAAUUUUCACGAAUUUGUAUGGACGUCAUGACUGGAAACUCAAGGGAGCAUUGAAGCGCGGCGAUUGGUACAAAACCAAGGAAAUUCUCGACAAAGGAGUUGACUGGAUUUUGAAUGAGAUCAAAACAUCGGGAUUACGUGGACGAGGUGGUGCUGGUUUCCCUUCUGGCAUGAAAUGGUCCUUCAUGAACAAGCCAUCCGAUGGGCGCCCAAAAUAUUUGGUCGUAAAUGCCGACGAAGGCGAGCCCGGAACUUGCAAAGAUCGCGAAAUUAUGCGUCAUGACCCUCAUAAGCUCGUUGAAGGUUGUUUGAUUGCUGGUCGUGCAAUGGGAGCGCGUGCCGCUUACAUCUACAUUCGCGGGGAGUUCUAUAAUGAAGCCUCCAAUAUGCAACUUGCCAUCGCGGAAGCCUAUCAAGCCGGUUUAAUUGGCAAAAAUGCGUGCGGCAGUGGAUAUGACUUUGAUGUUUUCAUGCAUCGCGGUGCCGGAGCGUACAUUUGCGGCGAGGAAACUGCUCUCAUUGAGUCCAUUGAAGGCAAACAAGGCAAACCGCGUUUGAAGCCGCCAUUCCCCGCUGACAUCGGUGUCUUUGGAUGUCCCACGACCGUAUCAAAUGUCGAAACUGUCGCUGUGGCACCCACAAUUUGUCGUCGUGGCGGCAAUUGGUUCGCCAGCUUUGGCAGAACUCGUAAUUCGGGCACAAAAUUGUUCAAUAUCUCCGGACAUGUCAACACUCCGUGCACCGUCGAAGAAGAAAUGUCGAUUCCCUUGAAGGAACUCAUUGAGAAACAUGCUGGCGGCGUUCGUGGCGGAUGGGACAACUUGCUCGGAAUUAUUCCCGGUGGCUCUUCGACCCCAAUUAUCCCCAAAGACGUUUGCACAGAUGCCAUUAUGGACUUUGAUGGGCUCGUUGCGGCUCAAACGUCUCUCGGUACCGCCGCCAUUAUUGUUAUGGACAAAUCAACGGACGUCAUUAAGGCAAUUCAUCGCUUGAUCAUGUUCUACAAACACGAAAGUUGCGGCCAAUGUACUCCGUGUCGCGAGGGCGUCGCAUGGAUGAACAAAAUUAUGGGACGAUUUGUGUCGGGCAAUGCACAACCGGCGGAAAUUGACAUGUUGUGGGAGAUUUCGAAGCAAAUUGAGGGACAUUCGAUCUGUGCGUUGGGCGAUGGCGCUGCAUGGCCCGUUCAAGGCUUGAUUAGACAUUUCCGACCCGAAAUCGAGGCACGAAUGCAAAAGUUUGCGCAGCAACAACAGGCGUAAGUGAUGUGUAAUGUUCUGUGUUUCUAUUGAAAGUCGGCUUAGAUCAUUUUUAACUUUACCUGAAAACAAACAAAUGAACAUCUCUGAUUUUGUUGUUUUACAGAAAACUAUGUAAAAAUAAAUUAAAUACGAUCAUUUAAAUAAAAUAUAAAUAUUAAAUAAAAA